AUGUACAGCGUGUUCAAUGAAAACGGCUGGCUAGUGGUAGUUCACAGAAACCAGUUGCUAGUGUGGCAGAAUAAGAAUUUGGUUAUAGUGCGAGAAAAUGAUAAACUUCGUGACUUUCAGUGCUUCACGACGGGCGAUGAGCUCUCAAUUUUUGGAAGUAAAGGUGGUUCCUUAAUAAGAUUAUGGAUGGAUAGGAUCAGCAAUCACCUAAACGAAGAGUGCGUGUUGAAUGCAAGUUUUUCGAUAUCGAAGUUCCGUGUGUUGCCCGAAGUAGGAUGGAUCCUGGCCACUGAUAGUGUUUCCGGGGUUCUACACGUAUUCGACACUAUCUCAGAGCGUUACAAAGGUCAUAUGAAGGUCGAUCCCGGCUGUGAUAGAGUCUACGUGAAUGGAACGCGGGAAUUUCAGAUUAUGACGCGCAGCUUUGACCCAGACUCGCUGGUCAUAAAGACAUAUCUAAACAUGUACGAAAUUGUGGAAGAUGAGACAUCUUUAGUCUCAAGCAUUCCAAUUGAUAGCAAGCACAGCAACCGCUGGGUGUGCCAAGGCUCCAACUCCGGCCAACUCUUCGCGGUUAUCUCCACCGAUGGCAGCCAAGGUUCCAGCACAUUAGACUUUUACCUUCCGAGGGCCCAGGUUCCGUUCCAAAAAAUCGUACUCGCACAAACGAUCCAAAGGGAGCAGACCUGGUUUUCCUCUUCAUUUGCUCUGGUGGUCGUGCUCCAGGCCCCGCAAGGCCUCGAGCUAUGCGAUAUUGAUGUUAUAACUGGCCAGAAAACUCGGUCGGUACUAUUAAACGAGAACUCAAUUAGUGCGUAUUACCAUAUGAAUGUAUCCGGUCAGGAACCAGAUUACCUCGAGAAGCAUCACUUCUCAAACGCUACAGCCCAAUUUCUACGAAUUGUGCAUUGCGUUUCCCGCUCUACUGUUUUUUUCGUACUUAAUUCUGCUCCAGAAGUGCUCCUGGGGUGGCACAACUCGCGCUUACAAGCGUGGUGGUUCCCAGCAGCGAUCCUCGGUGUCAUAACUUCCACAGACUCUACCAUCGGAGUUGAAUGCGCAUCUGGAACCCCAAAGCAGGCGAUAGAAAUUUUUCACGUUGCGGUUCCGAGGCCCUAA